UUAACUGCUUCUCCUAGACGUUUAUUUAGAGCGGGCUCAUUGGACCCGUCCAGAACAGUGUCUAGCGUAGAAAGGCGGCCCUCCCCACCACAAACCAUGCAGUCCAGCACCAUGACCCUGCGGGGUCAGCGCAGCCAGUUCGGGGCCAAGGCCUUCACCAGCGCUCGCGUGCAGCGCGCCAGCCUGCAGGUGACCAACGCCAUUACCCGCCAGAAGAAGGAGCAGGUCGUGGAGGUGCUGAAGGGCAAGCUGGAGAAGAGCACUGUUGUGUUCGGCCUGCGCUUCAAGGGCCUGGAUGUCCCGACCGUGCAGAAGUUCCGCAAGAUUCUGCCUGCUAACACGUCCGUGUACGUGACGAAGAACAGCCUGAUGAAGGUCGCGGUCUCGCAGACCAAGGGGUGGGAGGCGCUGGCGGACAAGGGCUGCACGGGUGAGAACGCCUGGGUCUUUGUCAACGAGGAGGAGAUCGCCGAGACCGUGAAGGCGUACUUCAAGUUCGAGGAGGACCUGUUCGUUGAGGCCAAGAAGCAGGCUGCUAAGAACGUGGAGGUGAAGCGGCCGACCGAGGUGUCCUGCGCCGUCAUGUCUGGCCAGUACCUGAGCCCCGCUGAGCUGAAGCGCUGCGAGAACCUGCCCACCAAGGACCAGCUGUACGCCACCAUUGCCCGCCUGGCUAAGCAGCCCGCGCAGAAGCUGGCGGUUGGCAUCAAGGCCGUGCCCAACAAGCUGGCAAUUGCUAUCAAGAAGGUGUCGGAGCUGGACGACGACAAGACCAAGACUGUUGCCUCGGUUGCCAAGGCAUAAGCGGCCUGCUGUUGCAAGCUGGCGGUUCUGGAUGGGAAGCUGCAAGUGGAAUAGCGUUGGGAUGUACUGCGCCGAUCGGUGGCUGUCGCCAGUGUCCGUGGCUAUGUUCGCCUGGUUGCAGGCACGUGCCUGCGGUACCAUAUGGUACCUGGCGGGCAGGUCGGGGUCGGGUGGAUGAAUGUGGGGCGCUGCCAGCUGUAUUUGGCAGCCAGCAACGAUGUGAAGGCCGAACGGAGAGUUGUGCAUCACGGUUUCAGGGGUUUCGUCACCCGCUCAGUCGCCGGCAAUUUUGAUACGAGUGCCGGCGGUGGCGGCUAGACGGUGGUGCUGUGCCUCCCGAGGGCUGUUCACCCGGGAGGAGCUCGUUUGACAGGAGAUAGGUUUGUUGGUAGGAUAAGGGCUGGAUGCAGUGGUGUACUUGAGGUGGUAUACCGCGCCCAGUAGGCGUGUGAAGGCUGAGCGCUGAGGCUGGUCCGUAGCGCUGGCAGUCAGCUGUCGUGGUCAGCACCGAGGCCAGCACGGUGGCCGCACGUCACCCAGGCGGUUAAGCUGACUUCGUCCAGAUGUGUGUGAGAGAAGCAUGACAAAAGUAUGUGCUAGCAAGGAUGUAGGGCCCUGUAACGUCCGGGGA